GCAGUGAGACAUCAUUUCAUUUGUGUAAGAGAAGCUGUGCGGCCAGAAUUAAGUAGAUUUAAAAAUUCAUCUAAAAAAAUCAACAUAUUUUUGGUACUUAAUUUAAAAAUAUAUUUCAAAUCAAAACAGUGAUAAACUCGACGCCUAUCCACGUUUUUUUUUCACAGGAAUCCAUUAAUUUAUUAAGUGCAAUAGCAUUUAUUAAAAUAUUGUUUCAAGUUUCGAGAUCAUACGAGUUAUUCACAUUCUAUUGUAUGAGUCAAAAAGCUGAAAGACCAGUACUACAAGGUCAACGAAUCAAGACCAGAAAAAGAGAUGAAAGAGAGAAAAACGAUCCUACCGGCUUUCGCGAUGCGGUCAUUGCAGGGCUUGACAAAGCAGAAGAUCUGGAUGCAAUAUUUAAAUAUCUAGACAUCGCAGGAAACAAGCUAGACUAUCGUCGGUAUGGAGAAGUACUUUUCGAUAUACUCAUAGCGGGUGGCCUUUUGGUUCCAGGAGGAUCAAUAUCUCAAGACGGCGAAAGACCUUUUACUAAUGCCUGUAUUUUCAAAGCUUCGUCUGAUAUGGAAGCGAUGCGAAAUCAUGAGCAGAUUUUCGUAAAAUUGAUGCGACGUUACAAAUAUUUAGAAAAAAUGUUUGAAGAAGAGAUGAAAAAAGUUUUGGUUUUCAUAAAGGGCUUUCAACCAGAAGAAAGAGUUAAACUAGCGCGAAUGACAGCAUUGUGGAUUGGAAAUGGAUCUGUUCCUCCAACUGUUUUGACAGUACUUAACAAUGAGCAUCUGAUUAAAGAUGGGAUAGCGUUAGAUUUUUUGAUUGAAGUUUUUAUAACUUUGAAAAAAGAAAAAGGCAUAUCAACUCUUAUAACAGCAUUGAAAAAAGGACAAUUAGAAAAUCGUUUAAUGGAGUUUUUCCCUCUCAAUAAACGUACGGAAGAAUAUCUGAAAUCUGUGUUCAUUGAAAAUGGUUUGGCUGAUAUUGUUAAGCUGCACAAAGCUCAAGCAAGCCAAGAAGCUAAGCGAGAACUUCAACAGGCUCUUAUAGAUAAUUUAAAUGAUGAGAGACCAGGAAAGGAUAUAGUGAAUGAUAUAAAAGAAAAAUCAGCGAACUAUAAUAUUCCAGAGCAUGAAGUUAUACCUUUGUUAUGGACUACUAUAAUGUCAUUAGCAGAAUGGAAUAAAAAGGAGGAGCUCAUUGCUGAACAAGCAUUAAAACAUUUGAGAUUAUACACAAAUUUGUUUCAAGCAUUUACCACUACUGAUAGAUCAGAGGUAGCAUUAAUACUGAAAGUGCAGGAAUUUUGCUAUGAAAAUAUGAAUUUUAUGAAAGUAUUCCAAAAGAUAAUAUUGUUGUUUUAUAAAACUGAGGUACUAUCGGAGGAUUCUAUUUUGAAAUGGUAUAAGGAUGGACAUUCUUCUAAAGGAAAAAUGCACUUUUUGCAACAAAUGAAAAAAUUUGUUGAAUGGCUGCAAAACGCUGAAGAGGAAAGCGAAUCUGAAGACGAAAACUAGCAAGGAGAUAUAAGAAUGUCAUAGAAAUGAUGUGCAAAUGGAGAAGGAUUGAUGACCUAAAACUAAUUAAUAAACUAAGUUUUUUUAUUAAUUUUAUCUAUUGUAAUUCACACUUUGAAGACAAAAAUUAAACAAUUUUCUUACUCUGACAAAAUAAAAACAAAAUAGUAACAUUUUCAAGUAUAA